GGAAAAAAUACGCGCCUUACUCCAUAACAGUGGGGGUGGGCUAUCAGAAAAGUUGGGACAUUGCCGUAAACAUUGGCUUUAGAUUGAAAUUCAACUGUAGAUACAUUUUCUCUCGAGAUAAAAUUCUGUCGGUUGUCGUCGUCCGGACUACUGCCGUUAGCUAUAGUAUCCUCGGUAAAAUUAGCAGCUCUCUACCGCUGGUCCCGACAACGAUCCAGCAGAAUGGAUCCUGAAGAUAGCCCACAUAGUCCAGACGGGGAGGCCGUCAUGCCAGACCAGAACCCCAAAUACCAGAGGAGUCUGAGGAGCCUGAACGUGCUGGCCACAAGGUUUGUCAGGUUGUUACAAGAAACUGAAGGCGGUGUGCUGGACCUCAAAGAGGCUGUCAGGGUCCUGGCUGUUGGACAGAAAAGGCGAAUCUACGACAUCACGAAUGUACUGGAGGGCGUUGGUCUCAUUGUGAAAAUGUCCAAGAGCAUCGUAAAGUGGAAGGGUACAAUGCCGGGAAAAAAUGCACAUGAGUUAAACAAGAGAAUGGUAGAGUUAAAGUCUGAGCUGGAGGACUUGGAGCAGAAGGAAUAUAUGUUGGACCAGCAGAAAUUCUGGGUUGAACAGAGCAUCAGGAACACAACAGAAGACUGCAACAAUCUGACCUAUGUGAAUCAUGAAGAUAUCUGCAGCUGCUUCAGUGGCCAUACACUCUUGGCAGUACGCGCGCCAUCUGGCACACAGCUAGAUGUUCCUAUUCCCAAAGCUGUCCAGAACAGCCCAGCGAAGUACCAGAUUCAUCUGAAAAGCAUCAACGGGCCGAUAGAUGUCGUACUUCUUAACAAGCACUCUGUCGGGUCUGAUCCUGUCGUGUUGCCAGUCCCGCCGUCUGAAGAAAUUUUACGGAACGCCAAAUCAGCGAUGUCCACUUCAGAUGAGACGGAAAGCAGUAACGCACAUUGUCAGGCUUCAGCUAAUACCAAACAAAGCACCAGAUCUAGACAAACGGCCAUGGAGGACAUGCAGCAUCUUCAGUCGUCGUCGUUUCGAAAAGCUGUGCCUAACCGAACUGAUGCAUCUGGAUUGCGAGAUUUAUCAAAAGAACUGGCGGACCUACUACACCCAACCAAAGAAAUAAUGAAUGCAGAUCUAAUCACAGAGCUUAUGGCCUCAGAAGUUUUUUCUCCGCUACUUCGUCUAUCUCCGCCCCCAUCUGAACAUGAAUAUGUCUAUAAUCUGGAUGAGAGUGAAGGCCUCUGUGACCUCUUUGACAUCCCUGUGCUCAAUGUUUGACCAUGAACUCCUGUGUUCAAAAGUUUUUACUCCGGAAAUGUACAUAGUAGUCUGUUUUUAAAUAGUUAUGUGAUUAUAACAAAUAAUAAACAAAUGAUUUUGAA